CUCUCCUCUGUCUCCUCAGCUCAUCGCCCGCUUCCUCCCAGAACACGGCCACGGCCACGGCCACGGCAACACCUCCCAGCAAGAACAACAGGAAAUGGCGGCCACCCCCUACGCCCUCGCGCUCUCCCCAACCUCCCGGGUCGUUGGUCUGCCCCUUCUGAAGCUGAGCCGGCCGGCGGUGACGCGCCUGGCCUCCCUCCACGCCGACCAGGCCCGCGCGUGCUCUUGGGGCGCCCCCCUUACCCGACCGGACCUCGCCGCCACUGCCGCGGCCCCUCUCCCCGCCUCCGCCGCCGGCUGCCGCCGCAGGGCGCCUCUGCUCCGCCCUCGCGCAUGGAUGACGACGCCGCAGAUUGCCAGCUCUGCCUUCACCUUGGGCACCAUCGCCGUGCUCCCCUUCUACACGCUCAUGAUCGCCGCCCCCAAUGCCGACAUCACCAAGCGCACCGUGGAGAGCACGGCCCCCUACGUGGCGCUCGGCAUCCUCUACGCCUACCUGCUCUACCUCUCCUGGACCCCCGACACCAUCCGCGCCAUGUUCGCCAGCAAGUACUGGCUCCCGGAGUUGCCUGGCAUCGUGAGGAUGUUUGCGAGCGAGAUGACUGUCGCCUCCGCCUGGAUCCACCUCCUCGCCGUUGACCUCUUCGCCGCCAGGCAGGUGUACCAUGAUGGCAUCAAGAACAACAUCGAGACCAGGCAUUCGGUGUCGCUGUGCCUGCUCUUCUGCCCCAUCGGGAUCGCGGCUCACGCGUUGACUAAGGUACUGGCGGGUUCGACGGGCCGCUCACAUUGACGAUCGGGUUGUGUGUAGGCUACUGUUAUUGUUUAGACGGUGGAUAUUGUGUGAUUCGAAUAUGAAUAAAGAUGAUUCGGCGCACCAUUUGUUACAGAUAGAUUCAAAUUUAUUAUUUCCUACCUCUUGUUGGGAUUGCUUGGGCAACCGAAUUACUUAUCAUCUAGAAAGCUCGAAAGUCUAGAAGAGCUGAUUAUACUGUUGUAAUUAAUUUAUGUAUAAUCUCAGACAAAACAGUAACUUUCAAAUGAAGAAGAUGAGAGAAAAUGAAUCA